AUGGUGCCUCGACGUCGUGUAGUAUCCGAUUCCGAGUCCGAGUUUGAUGAGCCCGUAGCUCCUUCGGUCCCUUCCGAUGAUGCGCUCGAAAAGGCUCUACGCGAUACUGUCGCGAAGGUUUACAAAUCGGGCAAUAUGGAGGAAUUAACGGUUAAGCGGGUGCGCACGGCUGCAGAGAAAGCCCUCGGGGUUGACGAGGGCUUUUUUAAAGGGAGCAGCACUUGGAAGUCAAAAAGUGAUCAGAUCAUUAAGGAUGAAGUGGAGGUACAAGAUAAGCGGGCACAAGAACCGGAAUCGGAUGAAGAGCCAGAGGAGCCUACUCCUCCCGCACAGAAGGCUUCUUCCGCUAAAAGGACAAAACUCGACAAAGUUGAGACAUCGCGGAAGCGACGGAAAACGAGUACACCAGAAUCGGAAGACCAGAGUGAAGCCAGCGCCUCACUAGACGAUGCGAGUGAGGAGGAAGUGAAAAGGCCCGCUAAAAAACAAUCAAAACCUACCCUCGGAAAGAGUUCCAAACCGAAGCCUUCGAGAGAACAAGUAUCGGAUGACUCGGAGGAUAUAGAGGACCAGAAGGAUGAUGUCCGACCAUCGGAAGAGGUUGAGGAACCAAAGAAUGACCGCGGAGAGGACUCGGAGAGUGAGAUGUCAGUGGUCAUUGACGAAGAGCCUAAGCCGACUCGAAAUCGACAAAAAAGCGCCGGUACCGAGGGUUCAACACACAAAGGAAAGAAGAAGACGACCACAUCUAAAGGGAAGGACGCGGAUCUUGACCCAGACCAAAGGAAGAUAAAGGAGUUGCAAGAUUUGCUGGUCAAAUGCGGCAUCAGGAAACUUUGGUGGCGACUGCUGGCUCCAUAUGAGACAUCUAAAGAGAAGAUCGGGCACCUUGAGGGAAUGCUCAGGGAGGCAGGAAUGACCGGGCCAUUGAAGGGAAAGGAAGCAGAAAGGAAAGCCUUGAAAAUCAGAGAAAGGCGCGAGCUUCAAGCUGACGUCGUCUCGUGUCAAGAGGAGGUAAAGCUAUACGGUAAAGACGGUGCCGACGAGAGCGACAGCGGACGGCCAGGGCGGCGUUUAAACCGAGGCCGCAAACAUCUUGCCUUCCUAGAAGAUGACGGCGAGGAGACGGAUUGA